AUGGCUAUUGAAGAUGCAAAUUCAGUCACGACUCGUCUGCUGACAUUGUUGAACGUCUCCGCCACGAAGAAGAAGAAACGAAAGGCAUCCUUCGAAAAGCUAGAGUCUAGGCCGGGGGGGAGACUCAACAAGCGCCAUGCAGUGCCCUCGACUGACACUGAACAACCUGCUGAAGUCCAGAUAUCCGACGAACCUGCUGCCGCUGAGGGCACGAACGACGAUCGAGAUGACACCGCGGCUGAACAGGACGAUAACGUUGAGGAUGGAGAUAUACAGGAUCCAUAUGAACAGCACUUCGGUGCGAAGUCUGUUUUAGUCACCGAGAAAUCUAAGCAUGCUGCAGAUCAACGAGCAUGGACAACAUCUAGAGAGCGACAUGGUAGGCUGGGCAAUUUGGUUCUAUCAAUCCCUGAGGAUUCUACACCCCUGGCACCUAUAGUGGAUACAAAGCGCGUGUUGAUUUCCGACAAGCUAAAACAGCCGUUCUCGGAACGACAGGCAAAGUUACCUCGAGAGAUAAUGGAGUUGCAGAAUGAUAUGCUGUCUCUCCUGUUAUCUCAGAGAGACGUGUACUUUACCCGCACGCCGCUCGAUGUCCACCAAAACCUGCGAGAGAUCAUCACUCUUCAUGCACUCAACCAUAUCACCAAAAAGCGUCGUCGGAUUCUGAAAAAUAAUGAGCGCCUGACUCACGCAUCAAAAGCUGGAAACCCAGCACCUGAAGACGUUCAAGAUCAGGGUUUUACACGUCCCUCUGUUCUUAUUUUGCUCCCCUUCCGAUCUUUUGGCAUCAAGUGGGUUAGUGCGUUGACUUCGCACACGCCUUCUCCUUCCUACCAGGUGGAAAAUCGCGCUCGUUUCUACACAGAGUACGGACUUCCGCCUGGUGCAUUGGAUAAACUCGCCAAUGAAGAACCUGGUACCCAUCCGCGAGACCAUGUCGACAUGUUUAGCGGUAACGCUGACGAUGCGUUCAGACUUGGUGUGAAGAUAACACGUAAAAGCGUUAAAUUAUUCGCUGACUUCUAUGGGUGUGACCUCAUCAUGGCGAGCCCGUUGGGCCUUCGCAUGUCAAUUGAAAAGGAGAAGAGCUCAGACUUCCUUUCGUCGAUCGAAGUGCUUGUCGUCGAUCAGGUGGAUGCCUUGACAAUGCAAAAUUGGGAACACCUGCAGUAUAUUUUUGAUCGCCUCAAUCGGCUCCCUAUCGAAUCGCACGACGUCGAUUUCUCUCGCAUCAAGCCAUGGUACCUCGACGGAAAUUCGGCAUAUCUCCGCCAGUCUAUUUUACUCUCUGCGUAUGAAACACCGGAGAUACGCGCAUUGUUUAAUGCCUCUCUAAAAAAUGUCGCGGGAAAACUUAGGACGGAACGACGAUGGAGCCCUGUGCAGGUACCCGAAGGGAUUGAUCAGAAUUUUAUUCAAUUUGAUUGUGCUAGUCCGACAGCGGAGGCGGAUAAGAGAUUCGACUACUUCACUACUCAGUUGCUACCCGCAAUCCUGAAGUCUGCCGUGCAAAGCGCGAAUACUGUCAUUUUUAUUCCGUCUUCCUUCGACUUUAUUCGUGUACAAAACUACUUCAGAAAGAAUAUUGGUGUAUCGUUCGCUGUCCUUUCAGAAUAUUCUUCUAAUCAGGACAUAUCCCGUGCUCGUCAGGCAUUCUUCUCAGGGAAAAAGGCUUUCCUCCUCGUGAGCGAACGUUUCCACUUCUUCAGAAGGUAUAAAAUUAGAGGUAUCCGUAACCUCAUCUUCUACGGACCGCCAGAUCAUCCACAAUUCUAUACCGAGUUCCUUUCAUAUCCUUUCCUGGACGACGAAGUGGAGGCUUCUGACGUAACCUGCCGGGUGCUGUACUCCAAGUAUGAUUGGUUGAGAAUGGAGAGGAUUGCGGGUACUGACGCCGCCGCGGAGCUGAUCAAGCGCAGCUAG